AUGAAGCUGAGAGGGUCCCUGGCCUGUUUCCUGCUGACCCUGUGUCUGGGGAGCGGGACAGCCAGCCCACUGCAGAAUGGUGGAGAAGGCAUAGGAGCAAGCGCUUCUCAAGAAAUGGGAGAUGCUGUUAGCCAGGGAGUUGGAGAGGCUGUGGGCCAAGGGGCCAAAGAAGCAGCCAGCUCCGGGAUCCAGGAUGCCCUUGGUCAGGGUCAUGGAGGGGAAGGUGGCUAUGCACUGAGGGGGGCCAGAGGGGAUGCUUUCGACCACAGGCUUGGGGAAGCAGCACGAUCUCUGGGGAACAGUGGCAACGAGGUUGGCAGACAGGCUGAGGAUGUCAUUCGACGCGGGAUGGAUGCUGUCCACAACUCCAAGUCUUGGGGGACAUCUGGAGGCCACGGAAUUCUUGGCUCUCAAGGAGGCCAUGGUAACCCCGGUGGUCAAGGGACUCCCUGGGCCUCACAAGGCAACUUUGGAACCAACUCUCUGGGUGGCUCUAUGGGUCAGGGUGGCGAUGGCAGGUCAUUCAACUAUGAGGCCAAUGCUCAGGGAGCCGUGGCUCAACCUGGCUACGGGUCAGUGAGAGGCAGCAACCAGAACUCAGGGUGUACCAACCCCCCACCAUCUGACUCCCGUGAAAGCAACUAUGGGGUAAGAGGAGCCUGUGGUUCAGGACUGGGGAGCAGCAGUGGUGGUGGCAAUGGUGGCCAUGGUAGCAGCAGUCAAGGUGGCAGCAAUGGCAACGGUGGCCAUGGCAACGGUGGCCAAGGCAACGGUAGCCACGGCAAUGGUGGCCAAGGCAACAGAGGCAACAGUGGUUCUGGGUCCCGGGGAACUGGCUCGUCCUCGUCCUCGGGCAGCAGAGGUGGAAGUGGUGGUGGGAACAGACCUGAGUGUGACAACCCAGGGGAUGAUGCACGCACGGCUGGAGGAUCUGGGAAUCAGAACUCUGACCCGUCUUCCUUGCCUUUCAACUUUGACAGUUUCUGGGAGAAUUUUAAAUCCAAGAUGCCUUUUAUUAACUGGGAUGCCAUAAACAAGGUUCUGGUGUACCUAGAGACUCCCAGAAUCCCUUGCACACAUUAG